AUGGCCGAUCUAGAUCAUCGGAUGGCUUCGAUCAAGCCCAGGUUGAAGUACAACACAAUCGGAGGUGUCAAUGGGCCUCUGGUCAUUCUAGACAAUGUCAAAUUCCCCAGAUACAACGAAAUCGUCAGUCUGACGCUACCUGAUGGGUCGAUAAGGUCUGGACAAGUCCUCGAGGCAAGAGGCAACAGAGCGAUUGUGCAAGUGUUCGAAGGCACCUCAGGCAUCGAUGUGAAGAAGACAAAAGUCGAGUUCACGGGUCACAGUCUGAAGAUUGGCGUCUCAGAAGACAUGCUUGGUCGCAUCUUCGACGGUUCAGGAAGAGCUAUCGACAAAGGCCCCAAAGUGCUGGCAGAGGACUAUCUCGAUAUCAAUGGAAGUCCCAUCAACCCCUACUCCAGAGUUUACCCCGAGGAAAUGAUCUCGACGGGUAUCUCUGCCAUCGACUGCAUGAACUCGGUCGCUCGAGGCCAAAAGAUCCCCAUCUUCUCCGCCGCCGGUCUGCCCCACAACGAAAUCGCCGCCCAGAUUUGUCGGCAAGCUGGUUUGGUCAAGCAACCGACCAAGGGGGUCCAUGAUGGCCAUGAGGAGAACUUCAGCAUUGUCUUCGCCGCUAUGGGUGUCAACAUGGAAACUUCACGCUUCUUCACCCGGGAUUUCGAAGAGAAUGGCUCAAUGGAACGAGUGACUCUGUUCUUGAACUUGGCCAACGACCCCACCAUCGAACGUAUCAUCACACCUCGUCUCGCGCUGACCACCGCAGAAUACUAUGCGUACCAACUUGAAAAGCACGUCCUGGUCAUUCUUACCGAUCUGUCGGCAUAUUGCGACGCUCUCCGAGAAGUCUCGGCUGCGCGAGAAGAAGUCCCGGGUCGUCGUGGGUACCCUGGUUACAUGUAUACCGAUUUGUCCACCAUCUACGAGCGAGCCGGACGUGUAGAAGGGAGAAACGGCUCCAUCACCCAGAUUCCCAUCUUGACCAUGCCUAACGACGACAUCACCCACCCUAUUCCCGACUUGACAGGAUAUAUUACGGAAGGCCAGAUCUUCGUUGACCGUGGAUUGCACAACAAGGGUAUCUACCCGCCUAUCAACGUCCUGCCUUCUUUGUCACGUCUGAUGAAAUCCGCCAUCGGUGAAGGCCUGACGAGAAAAGACCACGGUGACGUCUCAAACCAACUGUACGCCAAGUAUGCCAUUGGCCGUGACGCCGCAGCCAUGAAAGCCGUCGUCGGCGAGGAAGCCCUGAGCGCCGAAGACAAGCUCUCCCUGGAGUUCUUGGAGAAAUUUGAGAGGCAGUUCAUCGCUCAGAGUCCCUAUGACAAGCGGUCUGUGUUUGACAGCUUGGAGAUUGGUUGGAACUUGCUCCGUAUUUUCCCCAAGGAGUUGCUCAAUCGGAUCAAUCCCAAACUGUUGGACGAGUUCUACGCAAGAAAGGCACAUGGAAAGAGGAGCACCAAGGAUACGAGGGACAAUGAGGGUGGUAACAAGCAGGUUAACGGUGAGCCAAACUUGUUGGAUGAUUAA